GGACUGAUAGUACUUGCUCCCUGACACACUGAAAUAACUUCACUCAGCUGCAGAAUGCCUCAACUCCUGGGCAACAGCAGUUCAGAGGAACAGGCUGCUGUAUACUAUGCAUCGGUAUCAAUUGUCUCGAUUGCUAUCUUCAUCAUCGUUUUCAUCAUAGGUAUCCCAGGCAAUGGAUUGGUAAUCUGGGUAGCUGGUCUGAAAAUGAAAAGGUCUGUGAACACUGUGUGGUUCCUAAACCUUGCUGUGGCUGAUAUCAUGUGCUGCUUGUCCUUGCCAUUUUUCAUCGUUCACCUGGCCCUCCAUGAACACUGGCCAUAUGGUUGGUUCCUCUGCAAAGUCAUUCCAUCAGUCAUAAUCUUCACCAUGUUUGCUAGUGUCUUCCUACUCGUGGCCAUCAGCAUCGACCGGUGCCUCCUUGUCAUGAAACCUGUCUGGUGUCAAAACCAUCGAACAGUGAAAUUUAUAUUGCUAAUAUGCAGUGGCAUUUGGAUCCUGGCCUUCAUUUUCUGCUGUCCUGUCUUCUACUACCGUGAGACAAGCAUUUAUGAUGGCAAAACUGAGUGCGGGUACAGUUUUGGAGAUGAUCAGGUGCUAGAUUAUAUAAAUGAGUCUGUAAAUGAGUCAGGGGAAGAAUACUCACCUUUAGCCUACAAUGGUAACGACUUGUUGGGAAAUAUCUAUGAAGGUGACUAUUCUGUACCCCUUGCCUUAGUGGUAAUAAACAUCACUAGGGCUGUCUUUGGCUUUGUGCUCCCCUUUGGCAUAAUGGCAGUUUGCUACGUCCUCAUCGUUUUCAGGACACACGCAAAGCAGUUUAGCAAACCGCGCAACAGGAUGCUGCGAACAGUUGUGCUCGUGGUAGCUGCGUUCUUCACCUGCUGGGCUCCAUACCACGUAGUUGGGAUUCUCUCCCUUGUACCUAGUCUUAGAACAGGACUGACAGAGUCACUGAUCCUGUGGGAUCACCUCUCUACAGCACUUGCCUAUGCCAACAGCUGCAUCAACCCCCUGCUCUACGUUUUUGUGGGACGGGACUUCAGGGCAAAGGUACGUCAAUCAGUGCAAGGAAUCUUGGAAGGUGCCUUUAGUGAUGAACCCACAGAACUUCACAGAAGCCAGACUUCAGCAGAGAAGAACAUUAGCAGCACAGUGUAAUGCUCUCACCACUGCAGAAAGACCAAGCUAUAGUCCUGCACAUCAGCCACUGCUUAACAGCUGGUUUUGCUCCAACACAUUUCAUUAGCCUGCAACUCCACACCCUGUAUGGUUCAGAUCAUGACAAGUAACCCCUUUACAUCCUACUCUAGAGAUGGGAAGUUGGAAGUACCAAGAGCGAGGAAGACUCUGGUGAAGUAGAGUAUUUUAACUCUUAGAGAAGAAAGCAAGGCUGCAGAAUGUGGUGGGAUCACGUAGUUGAACCUCUGAAUUGAGAUGAGAAUGUUAUUUCCAUACGUCUAUGUUCUACAUCUCCUGUCUCUGAUAAACUGCAGAUAAAACUCACUUUGAUGCCUCUCCUUAGAAUGUCAACACAUCUUUCCUCUCCUUUGUUUCUACUUGGGGCCUGAGGUGUGUGUGGGAGUAUCUGAAGAUUCCACUAGAGGGUAAUGUUGCAUUUCUUUACAGCCAUGCGUUAUGAGCAGCACUUGCCCCAGGCAGCUGCACUGAACUGACUGGGAAAUACAUCACUGUAACUCGUCCAAUGCACAUGCCAUACCUAUGUUCAUUAACAUGAGCACACUCACUGCCUCCCCAGCGCUCUCUCCACAAGAGUCCCAAAUAUUCCUUUUAGGAAGUAGUUUGAGAUCACCCAAAUGUACCUCCUGCAUUUUAAGAUGGCACAUGCGCAUAAUUUGAGUAACUGCAGUCAUUGAUGAUCCAGAUUAGGUGACUGCUGGCCUAUCAGCCAUUUGGCAAAACUCUGGAAUUGAGAAGUGAUAACCUCCAGUCUGACCUCAAGAAGGUGGGGAACAAGCA